AUGCUUGAUAUGUCCGGAAUGAUAUUGGCCUUGCCGAUGACUUACUUCCGUGUCGAUAUUUCUCUGAAUCCCGCUCCCUUCCUAAUCAUCGUUCGUUCCGAACGAACGGGGAUCAAAAGGAGGGAAUACAAGAACACCGUGCCGGAGCAAACAACGCAAUGUCUAAAAGUUCGGAGUGGAUAUCUUGUCUCGGAGAUGAAGGCACGGCUCGGUUUUGCUCCGGGGUUCACGAAAAUGUUUCCGCGUUAUGAUGGGCCACGCUUCGGGCUUCGAGAAACGGCAGCUACUACCUCAACCUCAGGGCCAGAUAAAUGUCUGAAAAUUUACAAACACAAGAAAGAUACCCCCUACGGUGUCUGGAAUUUCGGGUUACGGACUCCAGAUCUCCAAUGCCCGCCUCUGCAGAAGGAUGCCGGCUCCGUGGACACUCAAUGCAUCUAUUUCGCUUAUUGUCCGGCGUGA